AUGUCGGAAGCCUUUUCAUCCCCAUCCCCGCUCCUCACCCCCACUCCCAAGGUGGUUUUUCAGCCCUGGGGUGGAACCCCCUUCUUGCAUACCAAGAAUGAGUUGGCUAUACCUGACAAAGGGCAAAGACAAGGUCGCAUGCAUCUUUCAUGCUUCUGCUGGCAGAUGCAGUGGACUGGAAAUUUCCUGGUCUGGGAAGGACUCCAUCUCCUCCCAGGUCUUCCAGCCCGGUUUGGAGGCUCAAAGCCACGAAACCCAGCGGUGCCGCGUCUCAGGCCCUCCCCGCCCCAGCGGCUGGACCUCCGACCCUGCCAGCGUCAAACGCCUGGCGUCCGGCCCGAUGGGUCCGCAAGGAGGAGCCCGCGAGGCGGCCGCGAAGGGGUUGCGCUUACCUCGCCCGGUGCGGGCCGCGGCCUCAGCGCCCGCGCUCCAGGCCGGCCGCCGCUGCAUUCUGCGCCCCUCGCCGGGAACGAGAGCUGCGCCAGUCCAGGCCACGACCGCUUUCAUUUUCCUCAACAACAUCGGCAGGAAAGCGAAAGCGAAAACCUCUGGGAGGCGGGACCAGGAGCGAGCGCGCGGGCGCGGGCGGGCAGCCAGAGGCGGGGUCGGCGGGCUGGGGUCUGCGCUUGGCCUGCCCGGUGGCAUUCCGGCUGGAGCCGGGCCGGCCGAGUACCCGCGAGCGAGUCCGCCACGCACACCUGCCUCGGCGGGACCUUGGCCCGGGGUGGGCAGGCCCGCUGCAAGUGGAAAGGCGCCCGCGCCGCCUCCGUCGACGCGCACAGGUUCCUCCAUCUGCCUUUCAGAGAUUCAGCGUCUACUUGGGCAUGUGGCUGGCAGCUAUCCCGGGACCUGGCCGCUGGCAGCGCCUCGGUCUCUGGCCUGAGGAGGCGAGUGCCAGCCUGAGCAGCUGGGACCAGGCCUCUGAGGGGCCUCCGUUGGAGGGAACUUGAUCAUGAGGUACCAGGCACCUCAUAUGGGGUCAGCGGAGAAACCAAAAGUCAAUGACGUCGGGUCCCUUCAUCCGAUAAGAGAAACGGGAACAGCAAGCCUCAGAUAUCACACAUGUGAACAGAGAGCAUCAGGAGGCAAAGGCAGGCCUGAAGUCUUUCGUCUUGGUGAUUUCCCGGGAUCCAGGUUUGGUCCCUGACUUUGUGGGACCAAAAAUUUCAUCUGACUUGUAGUGUUCCAUAGUUGAGUAGCACUGAUGCAUAAUGUCAGAAUGCCAACUUACUGAUUUCCUUCAGUAUUUGCUAGAGAAGUGCUAUUACAUGCAUUACCUCCUUUAAUUCUCCCUACUAUCAUGUGGUAUAUUAUAAUCUAUUAAUUUUUCAUUUGGAGGAAAAAAGAUGAAGGAAAUCCCAAGGUUCAUACAGUUACUAUGUAUGUUAGUGGCAGAGUUUGAAUCAAGGCCAUCUGACCCCAAAACCUGCAGCUUAGCCAUUCCUGUCAGAAGCAAGACUGUCAGAAACACUGGACUCGAGGCCACCUGAUGAGUACAUUCUCUUCUUGUAGCCAUGCAGUUUGGAGCCCAGUAGUCAGAAGGUGGCUUAGUGAGCCUAAAAUCAGAAUCAGAAGAGUGAGUUGUCCGACUUAAAUGUUUAAUUAUAUCAGGUUUGGGCAAUGUGGGAUGUCUUUCUCCACAACACAGGUCAAAACCUGUAGGGAGGACUGUUCACUCAUCCCUGCUGGCCUGGCCAGCUCUUCUCCCUAGAUGGGGCCUGGUGGACACCAUCUGUUUGUGUCGAUGAGACUCUCUUUAUUGUGGUACCCAGGCCACCCCUCCUCAGAUGGACACAUUUUUAGAUAGGCAAGUCGUCACUGAGUAACAUUACUCAAUAAGGUCUUGCAGCCCUUAUUUUUCUUUAUGGAGACAUUUUGUAUCUGCUCUUGCUGGGAACCAGCCCAACCCUGUACGUGGGUGCUGAGG